AUGACCGCGAAAAGCUUCGCAGCUUUCCGCCAGCUGAGCGUCCAAUGUGAUUUCUCGGAGAAAAACCAGCAGCUGAAGAAACAACUUUCGGUGGACGCUGGCCUCAAACAAUGGCAGAGGUUCGAUCCGGUUUUGAAGAGCACGCAGAAAAGCGUCACUCUGAAAACAUCAGUGCAAAAAAACGACGGUAUAUUCUCGAGGAAUAAGAAAGAAGAGACCGGUACAGCGAAAGAGGAAGAUGUGAACAAACGUAACUUGAAGAUAUUCUUGGCCCAUGAUGUCGAGGACAUAACCGAGCAGAGCGACACAUCUGAUCCACGAGCUGAUCCAGAUCCUAUUGACAACGCCAACUCGGUCAAGAAACCUACACUGAAUCGUACAAUGACUACAACGAGACCUGUAAGUGCAGCUAGUAAAAGACAGCACUUUCAAAAACGCCUCAACUCCGUCUUCAAUGCGACCGUCAAAGAAUUGCCGAAACAACAAAGGACCCUUAUCCGAUCGACUUCAGCCCCUUGCAAAACCUCAGACCAAAGAAAAUCCAAGUUCCAAUCCAGGCACAAGCUAUUGAGCAACAACCGGAGUGACCAUGCCAAAGCCAAAGAACCUGACCCUGAUGGUAUCAAAGGAAAGAAUAAGGAUUCUUGUCGGGUAUCUCCGGUGGGCUUCUACGAUGUCGAGACCAUGGUGUCUUUGAUCAGCCCUUCGGGCAGCGACUGUGAAGACACUGGUAAACCGGAGAAAGCAAACAGCGUUCGCGAGAGUUCUGAUCAGAGAGUCGGUACUGCAUUAUCCUUGCCAAAAGAAGAAAAAUCUGUGUCGUUUCAACAGUCUAGUAUACACUCAGUAAGAAGCUUUUCCGCCAGUUUUCCAGCUAGAAGAGCAGUGCUGGGAAAUAACCGCAUGUUAAGGCAUAAGAUGCGUUCUUCCUCGCAAGAAAGAAAUGGAUCGCUAGAGAGAAAAAGGCUGAAUUCCACCAAUAUACAGGGAAAAAUGUCCAUGGACGAAACAAAAACUCCAAGUAACGAUAUGGUGCAGGGUAUUGAGACUAUCAAAGCCAGUCCCAAUCCUAUCGAAGAAAUAGCAAACACCAAGGAACCUAACAUUACUAGAAGCAAUUCGGGACCAGAAGAAUCGAAUGGCACAGAGGCGAGGGAAAUAGAAGAUUUUGAAUCUUCCAAAGAGAAGCAAUGCUGGAACUUAUAUAGCAAAAUCACGAAAAAUGGAAUAAACGUGUCCUUUGACACGAUCUUGAGAGGAAUAUUGACUCCUACAGAGUAUAGGACGAGGCAAAUGAGCUUGAAUAUGUCACCUAUGAGUAGUGAUGCUGACAAUUGCAUAUAA